GACACAGCACCUUUUGUUCCAAACUCCAUCAACCCCUAAUUGUUCACGUACGUGCGUGCCAAAAUCCCAUUCGCCAAGUAGCAAAUGUAAUCAUAACAUCGUCCCCCACCUGAGUUCCAAAAUCCUCAACAAGAUCACCAACCAUAAAGCAAUAAUCUAAACUAAGCCAUCCUCCAAGAAGCCAAACAAAGAACAUUCCCCUCCGCUCUCUCUUCUCUUCUCCCCUCUCUCCACCUCCAUCCCCUUCCCCCAAUUCUUUAAUCUCUUUUGGAACCAGAAGGACGGACAUGUGGGGCUCCAAAGCUGCCUCCUCUUUUUCUGCCCCCAUCUCUCUCUUUAGGAGAGGGAAGAGUGAAAGAUUUGUGACGGGGAGGAAGAAGGGCAGGUAGGGAGGGGAGGGAGAUGGCGGCGAAGGAGACGGAGUACUACGACGUGCUCGGCGUCAGCCCCUCCGCCACGGAGGAGGAGAUCCGCAAGGCGUAUUUUUUCAAGGCGAGGCAAGUUCAUCCUGAUAAAAACCCGAACGACCCUCAGGCUGCUGAGAGAUUUCAGGAACUUGGGGAAGCUUAUCAGGUAUUAAGUGACCCAGUACAAAGAAGGGCUUAUGAUGGGUUUGGUAAAAAUAGCGUAUCGAGGGAAAACAUGUUAGAUGCCACUGCAGUCUUCACCCUUCUUUUUGGAAGUGAAAUAUUUGAGGAUUAUGUAGGACACCUUGCUGUGGCAUCAAUGACUUCGAGUGAAUUAACUAGUGAAGAUGACAAUCCUGAGAAACUUCAAGAUAGGUUGAAGGCUGUACAGAGAGAAAGAGAAGAAAAACUUGCCAAGUUUUUGAGAGAUUUCCUUAACCAAUAUGUUCAUGGUGACAAGGAGGGAUUCUUUCAUCAUGCAGAAGCUGAAGCAAAGCGACUUUCUAACACAGCUUUUGGAGUAAAUAUUCUACACACCAUUGGCUAUGUGUAUGCAAGACAAGCUGCAAAAGAGCUUGGGAAGAAGGUCAUAUAUCUAGGGGUGCCAUUUUUGACUGAAUGGGUGCGAACCAAAGGCCAUUUCUGGAAGUCACAAAUUACAGCAGCAAAAGGUGCUUUGGAAUUGUUGCAGCUGCAAGAAGACAUCUGCCGCCAAAUCAACAAAGAUGGCUCUGGUACUGAAAAAGAUGUUGACUUACAUAUCCGGAUGAACAAGGACUUGAUGAUGGACUCACUGUGGAAACUGAAUGUAGUAGAUAUUGAAGUAACCCUUUUACAUGUAUGCCAAAUGGUAUUGCAUGAAAGCAAUGUCAAGAGGGAGGAACUUAAGGCCCGGGCACUAGCUUUGAAAAUUCUUGGAAAAAUUUUUCAGGGAGAAAGGCAUGCCUUACCUUCUGGGACACCAAAAAAGAAGAACAUUCCUGAUGACAAUGAGAGCAGUUCUGAUGCUAGUUCUGUUGAGGAUCUACCACAGACACUUUCAUAUCGGACUCCUUUACUCACUCAGGGUAUUGGAAGGCUCUUUAGAUGCCUUUGUAAUCCAGCUUAUGAUGUGGAUGAUGAUUUUGAACCCCAAAGCACGUGAUGAGUAAGAAGCGAUCAAUCUACUGUGUACUUGCUCAGAUAUGGAAGUAGUAAUGAUCUUUUAGCUUCCGCACUGUACAAUAUCGGCACAGGUCCAUUUCAGUCAAUUGUCAAUUGUUUUCAUUCUCUUGUUGAAGAAGCCUUUUCUUUUGUUCUCAACAAUUUAUAUCAGAUAUAAAGAGGCCAGUUUAUCAGUAACAUGUAAAGUUGAAGAAGGGUCUACCCGUCAAUCUUCAUCUCAGCGAUAAAACAUCUGAAGCUAGUUAAUUGAAUGGGAAAUGUUUGUUUGGCAGUCUUUGCAGUUUUUUCUCGCUAGAGAAAACAAUCACAAUAUUGACUCCCAGAUGUGAUGCUGUGAAGCAAAAGACUCCAGCAGGAUAAACUCCAAAAUUAUGAGCAGUUGUUAACAGUACACUGCUGAGGAGCCUGGAUGUUUUCCCUAUUCAAGGGUCCGACGACUUAUGGCAAGAGUAAUCCAGAGAACCAUCAUCAAUUGUGAUAUGGCCCAGAGGAAGUCAUGCUGGCCUUGGGAUCUUCCAAUCAACUCAAGAAUCUUCCUAGCAAGUUUCUAAUAUUCUUGGCUUGGGAAAUUUUUUUGUGCACCAUGGGCAGUAUAGAAAAUCCAAUAUGGAGUAUAUCAUUUUGUUCGAUUGAUCCACGUAGUCAUUAUUUUUCAAC